AUGCUGGAACCAGAACAUGUUCUCCUGAGGCAGGUCAACACCAAAUGUUGGGUGUGUGUCGUGAGCUGCCUUCUGCUCGCCUGUGUGUAUGUCGGAAGUUUGUACGUCUGGAAAAGCAGCUUACCCAGGGAUCAUCCCACUGUGAUAAAGCGUCGCUGUGCCAGUGUGCUGCUGGUGGCUGCCCUGUCACCUGUGGCAGUGAAGGCGUGGACACACUGGGCUGAAAUCAGGGUCAACGUGUCUGUGUGGGAGCUGAUGGGCGUUCGAAUGGAGGGUUUCAUCCCUGCAGUCACACUGCCACUGCUACUGACCGUGGUUUUUUAUCUUGGCCCACUGGUUCAUUCUGCAAUGGACAACCCUGGUGGCUUCACCCUGGAACUGCAUUCAGCAUUUGACGUUCAGUCAUGGAGGUCACGUGUGGGAGACGCAGUGUGGCUCAGGGACCAGGUGGUGGCGCCAGUGACGGAGGAGCUGGUGUUCCGGGGGGCCAUGCUGCCCAUGCUGGUGCCCUGUGCAGGACCCACUGGUUCCAUCUUCACAGCACCACUGUUCUUCGGUGUCGCUCAUUUGCACCACGUCAUAGAGCAACGGCGCCUCCACAAAGAGAGUAUGAGUGUCAUUCUCCUGGUGGCAGGAAUGCAGUUCUUGUACACCACUGUGUUCGGUGCCUUCUCUGCCUUUAUAUUCAUGAGAACUGGUCAUGUUGUGGGUCCUGUUGUGUGCCAUUCCUUCUGUAACAGUCAGGGCCUGCCUGACAUCGGCUCUGCCCUCCAACACCCUCAGCGCCCGGCUCUCCUCUUCUCAUAUCUGAUGGGAGUCCUGCUGUUUGUGGUGCUGCUCUUCCCGCUGACAGACCCCUUCUUCUACGGCACCAUUCCCGUCUGCAGCCUGGCUCCUGACCCCGAGUCCGCGUGCUAG